AUGCCUUUGGGGUACAAGCGCGAGAUCUCGUUUCCUCGACCAGCUCAUGGGCGCGGCACUACCAUUCCGCGCGGCCACACGACACCAUCAGGUGCUGGGGGUCUGAUUGCCGCGGCCGGCGUGGCCCUGGACAGCGAUCGCCGUCACUGGCAACCGGUUACCCGCCCCGGAGAUGGCAAAGUGGUCAGGCUUUCUGCAACAGCCAGGACGCCUCGCCGGUGGGUAAAGAAUGAACCCGACAAAGAUGCACCUUCCUUGCACAAGCUCAUGCCCUGGGCUGGCAGGGAGAGGCGCAAGUCUGCGAUGGCGGCUCAGUCAGAGAUACACGAGGAGGCCGCAGCGAAGCCAAACGAGCCCGCUCGAAGAGCUUCGACUCAGGCAAAGGCUGAGCAGCAGCAGCAGGGGGGUCAAGAGUCCAUCACUGGCAUCGAAGGAUUCCAGCCACACCUUCAACAAAAGCGGCGGAGUGUGACGGAAGCGAUGGCAGGAUUGCGAUCCGACCUGCUGAGUCAUUCAAUAAAGCCGAACUAUCGGUACCGGGCUGGCAUGCCAGGCGUGUGGGACACGAUACAGGAGAAUGCCAGUGCCAAGGUGGCGAAGAUGAGGCGUGCUUUCAUGGAGGCAGCUGAGAGACGAGAGGCAAAGCAAGCGGAGCAGGCAGCACUUCGGGACUCUUCCGUUUUGUCCGUUGAUCAUGGAAAGUCGACAUCAGAAGCAACCACGGAUGAGUUCUCCAUCUCGCCGCUACUCACAGUUGUGGUGCUCUUCUUCCACGCUCCUUGCAAUCCGCUGAACAUGGAUGACAUUUUGAUCCUCAGGAAAGCGCGUCAGGCGAUCGAAGCGUACCAUCAGGUUGCUGUUGCCGGUGCUUUGGUCAUCCCUUUCAGCACUGUCGCCCUCCAGAAACGGUUUGCCGGCGAGAAGGGAGCAGUUCUUCUCCCAUUUGACUUCCGUAUGGAGAUGGCACAGAGCGUGAUCGACACCGCAGAGCAGGGGUCGUGGAUUCUGACCGACAACUGUGAGGAAGGGUGCUUGGCAUCUGCACCGGGCUCGCUCCUGCACUACUUCGCCGAAUAUACGAGGAGUCGUUUAUACGAUGCCGGCUACGAGACGAAAGUGCUCGAGGUAAGGUACGAGGACUGCUUGUGGAGUGACGGGGACGUUUCGAAGACCGAGCACCGCGUGGUGGAGGAUCCUUACGGUCUGGUCCCGGAGGUGCCGAAGACGGCCAAUGUCCGAGGGCUCUUUCGUGUGCUGAUCGAGUGCCCCAAGCAGGUGCACUGCCGCGAGCUCUUGCGAAGAUCCAUCUGGCUGCUUUGCCGUGGGGAGGAGACCUCGGCAUGUUGCGAUGUCCUGCGCCGCCUGCUCGGCGCAUCCGCGGCAGAGCUCCUCCAGCGUUGGGCCUCACGCCACCAGGAGGGCGCUCGCUCCAAAUUCAGGAGCUGA